UAUCGCUUCAUCACAGUUGAGAAGAGGAGCAAAAAUGAAUAUCUACAACAUAUGUGUACUGAAAAUUCUUUUUUUUCUAAGUCUUAGUCAAGCUAAUGUUAUAAAGCAAGAAUCCGAUACAUGCCAACAAAUAUUGGGGGAUGAACUGAUAAGAGAAAUUAGUUCUUAUGGAAAUGUAAGAGACGAAAUAUUUAGAUACGUUCUUGAAGGAGAAUUUAAGGGGAAAACGUAUGAUGAAUUGGCUAAGUUCGUGGAUAAGUUUGGUGCCCGUCCAUCUGGUACUGAAGUACUUGAGAAUUCUAUUGAUUACAUGAUUGAAUUGACUCGUGCCGAAGAUAUAAAUGAUAUUGUUACAGAAGAGUUAGAGGUACCGCAUUGGACUAGAGGGGAAGAAAGAGUAACCAUGUUACAACCCCGAGUUAAAAAUUUAUCAGUAUUAGGUUUGGGCCGUAGUGUGAGUACACCACCUGAAGGUAUAACAGCAGAAGUGGUAAUUGUGACUGAUUUUGCUGAAUUAGAAAAUAGCCGGGAAGAAGACAUUAAGGGUAAAAUUGUGAUAUUCGAUCCUGUUUAUACUACAUAUGGUGAAACUUCUGUAUAUCGUUCACAAAGUGCCACUAGAGCAUCAGCUAAAGGCGCUGUAGCAUCACUAGUACGCUCAAUUGCACCAUUUUCUAUCGAUUCCCCACAUACUGGUUCACAAUCGUAUGGUCAAAAUGUAACACAAAUUCCAACAGCAGCUAUUACGCUUGAAGAUGCAGAUUUAAUUAGACGAAUAAUAAAUCGAGGUGAAAAAGUAAUUUUGAAAAUUGAAAUGUCGUCUUCUUAUGAUACUAAAAUAUCAAGAAAUACUAUUGUUGAUCUGAAAGGAAGAGAGAAUCCUGAUAGCCUUGUAAUAGUAUCAGGCCAUAUUGACAGUUGGGAUGUUGGUCAGGGAGCUAUGGAUGAUGGUGGCGGAUUAUUUGUCAGUUGGGCGGCUCCUGUAAUUUUAAAGCGUUUAAAUUUACAACCAAGAAGAACGGUACGAUCAAUAUUUUGGACAGCAGAGGAAUUUGGCUUGAUUGGUGCUUAUGCUUAUGAGGAAAAACAUCGAGAUGAAAAUCAUAAUAUCAAUUUCAUAAUGGAAUCUGAUGAGGGUACAUUUGCUCCUCUUGGCUUGGCAGUAGCAGGGAACCAGGAAGCCCGAUGUAUUAUUGCAGAAAUUUUGAAAUUAUUUGAAUCGAUUAAUGCUACUACUUUGGUAGAAGAUGAUAGUCCAGGUUCAGAUAUAGCUGUUAUUACCAGAACUGGCAUUCCAGGGGCUAGUCUUCAUAAUGAUAAUGAAAGAUAUUUUUGGUUCCAUCACACCGCAGGAGAUACAAUGAAUGUAGAGGAUGAACGAGAACUUGAUUUAGGAUCAGCUUUUUGGACAACAGUUGCCUACAUAAUUGCUGAUAUUUCUGUCGAUAUUCCUCGAUAAUUAUUUGUAUAAAACAGUAAACAAUUACUAUUAAUUGUAUAAUUAUUGUUCUAUAAUAUCUACACAUAUUCUGUAAUAAAUAAUGCUAUUGGUGUGUAAUAGAAAAUGCCAUUAUUUUUUUAAAUAAAAUAAUAACAUACUUGAUUAGAACAAAAGUCAGUGAAUAAAAAUAUCGCACCUUCAUCUAAAUUAUUAAUUUUUCAUAUAAUUUGGAAUGAUAUGUACCUGAUAACAAAUGGUAUUUUUUCACCUAUAAAUAUGGAUAGCACCUAGAACAUCGGAGAACACAUCAUUGUGGUCAUGAAUGUACUAAAACUACUAUAACGACAUAUUAUCUAUUUAGUGAUUUUGUUAUAUGGUAAUAAUAAAACAAAAUUGUUAAAAUAUAACAAAUUUGUGCUUUUUUGUCCAGAAAUAAUCGUAAAAUUGUAUUCUUAUUAUAAGACUUAUUUAUGUAUUAUAAUUAAGUUUCGUAUCGAAAAUGAUACGAAAUCAUUAAAGAAAGCAUUAUUCUACAUUAUGCAUGAAAUGUAAAGAAAAAAAUUUAGACUUCUUUUACCUUAACAAUAUAAAUUCAUAAUUGCACUAUAAUUUAAACCAAUAAAAUACUUUAUUAUUUUAGUGCAGUGUAUAGAUAAAUAAAUCAAGUAGAAUUAUACAAUUCAGACAUAUGUUUAAAAUUGAUUAAUAUUGGUUAGAAUUCAUAAGGUACUGUAGAUUUCGCUAGUGAUAAAAAAGUUUUUAGUUUUAAGUACAUGAAUUAUAAUAUAUUUAUUUACUCGGAUAGUCCAGCAGCAUUACUUACACUUGUCUUAUACGAAAUUAAAUAAAAAUUUACGAACAACUGCAUAAUGCUAUUAAAUAACUUGGGUAGCAGAAAUAACAUUAUCUUGAGAUGGAUUCCUGGUCACUCAAACAUUCAUAGAAAUGAAACAGCUGACCAAUUAGCAAAGGAAGGGGCAAAGAAUAUCCAAAUAGGAUCAGAACCUUACUGUGACAUACCUUGAAGCCUAACGCUCAGACAGCUUGAAAUCUUAGAAGUAGCACAUAAUAGCUGGCUCUUGUUGCCAAGAUUAAAUAACUCGAUAGCCCUAAUUAAGAGGUUUUUAGAAAAUUAUUCUAAUAAAUUAAUUCUAAUGAUUAAAAGUAAGAAAUUUUUGAAUAAAAGUAUAAGUGUGUAUUACAUAAUAAUAUGUGUUUCUGUAUCUCACCAAUGAGAGUCCUUUUUAAUACACACAUAUUUAUAUAUCCAAGAUACUGUAAACUAAACAAACACAUGACCCAACUGGGCUUAUGACCAAAAAGUGUUUGCAAAUCUUGUCACAGUGUGGAAGAAGCGCCUUACUUUAUUUAAUUUGUGGCACACUUAAUUUGUGGCUGUACAUAAACGAUAUAUCUCCUUUGGAAAAUACAUUUUAUAUCCUGAAGAGAUAAAAAACAUCGCUAUAAAAACAUCUUAAAAUUCCUAUCACUGAUAGAAAUUAGCAGCGAACUUAAAAAAAGUGUGAGCAUUAAAGAUCAUGGAAACUUCGUAGUGUCACAGGGUUUUUUGCCUGGCAAAAGCUCGUUAUUUAAUAAUAAUAAUAAAUAGUGUUAAAAGUAUUUUCUAAGAGCAAAAAAAAAAAAACUGGGCGGAAAAUUGAAAUCAUAAAGUGUGAACCCUUUAUCUACGGUUCAUUCUCUUUCGGGAUUGCUGCCCUUGGAAGCGAUAAACGCGAUCGGAAAUAUUAUAAAGAUAUCUGCUAUGCGACAGCCAGAAUAGAGGAAAAUUUUCACUAAGCACCACAUGCGAUCCACCUUUCGAUAACGGCCUUAAAUUAUGUUAUCGUUACGAGGCGAUUGAAAUAAAAGUUUUAGCUUUCUAGGAAAACAGCUAUUUGAGCAUAUAAUGUUGGGAAAAUUCUUUUAUGAUACAAUAUCUUAGGGUAUUGUGUUUAUCGUUCAGGAAUAAAAUUUAAGAACUGUUUUCAUUAAUAUUAGUAUAUUUAAUUUCGAUGAUAUGACAAUUUAAUUUUGUUUUAAUUUAAAAUAUCCAAUAAAAACAGACAUAUAGUAUAUGACAUUAAACAUAUAUUAUUAUCCUUAUUAUUAAUAUAUAAUAAUUAAAUAAUUAAUAUUAUAAAUAUGAAA